AUGUCUGUGUUAGAUUUUAUAAUACCAAGAAGACUAGAUAAUCCCGAUGAAUUAAUAUCUAAUCUAGAAUCUUUACCAUCCUAUGAAAAUUUAAUACAAAAUUCUGAUGAAUCGACUGUUUUUGAUGAUGAACAAGAACCAUCAUUAGGUUUAAUUAAUUUUAUUCGAAAAAGUUCUCUAUCCGAAUCACCAACACCAUCACCACCACCAACAAUAAUAGAUUCUUCAAAUAAUAUAAGUAUUGAUGAUGAUAUAAUAACAAAUGUAACUGAUUCAAUUUCAACAAAUAGUGUUGAUGAACAACAUUUAAAUCAAAAUAGUGAUGAUGAAUCAUAUAUAAAUUUACUUAAAAGUCGUGUUAAACAUGUAUUUGUUAUGAGUGAAAAUGGUAAACCAGUUUUUACAAGAUAUGGUGAUGAAGAUCAAUUAGUUACAUUAAUGGGUGUUAUGCAAACCCUUGUUUCAUUUGCUGAAUUAACAGAAUCUAGUCAAUUAAAUUAUUUAAAAGCUGGCCGUUCUCGUAUAGCAUUUUUACAUAAAGAACCAUUUGUAUUUGUUUUAGUAACAUAUACAAAUGAACAUUCAAUAUGUCUUCUUCAACAAUUAACAUAUGUAUAUCAUCAAAUAAUAAGUACAUUAACAUUAAGUCGUAUAAAACAAAAAUUUAUUGUACAACCAAAUUUUGAUAUACGUCGUUGGUUAUCAAAUGCUGAAAAAAAAUUAUUACAUAAUAUUAUUAAUAUGUAUGAACGUGAUUUAGGUAUGCUUAUAACAUCUGCUAAAUGUUUAAUUUUACCAGUUAAUAUACGAAAUCAAAUUGGACAAACAGUUGCACAAACAAUACGAGGACAACAAGAUAUGAUAUUUGCUGUAAUACUUGCUCAUGGUCAUCUUGUUACAAUAGCACGUUUAAGAAAUUAUCAUUUACAUCCAUCAGAUCUUUAUUUACUUAUAAAUCUUGUUAAUAGUUCAGAUGCAUUUAAAGGUGUUGAAUCAUGGGUACCUGUAUGUUUACCACGAUUUGAUCCGGGAGGUUGUUUUCAUGCACAUAUAUCAUAUUUAGAUGAUAGUUGUGAUGUAUGUCUAGUUUUAUUAACAGUAAAUCCUGAACAUUUUCAAAUACUUUCUGAUUUUAAACAAACUAUAAAUGAAAAAUUAAAAAAAUUAAAUUUAAUCAUACAAAUUAAACUUGCAUUAGAAAAAGAUCGUCUUUUAUAUGAUGAAAUCGCUUGUAAUGACUUGAGAUAUUUUGCAUAUAAAUCACGUGGUUUAAGUCAAUAUAUAUCUUCAAAAUUAUUAAAACCUUAUAUAACAAAAGAACAACAUGUUAGAUUAUUUGAAUUGAUUCGUUAUGUUUAUGGACGUCUUCAUAAUCCGAAUCAUCAAUUAAAAAUUAUUUAUUUUAAAACUGAAUAUGAAUCAUUACUUGGAUGGUUGGCACCAGGAUUUGAAUUACAUGUAGUAUUUUCACCAUUUGUUACAAUGGAAACUGUUAUUUUAUGUGCUGAUCGUAUAUUAUCAUAUAUAAAACGUGAAGAAAGUCAAUUAUUUAUAAUAAGAUGCGAAUAUAUUUGA